AUGGAUCGCAUUGAGCCGGUCGGUGGUCCAGACGACCGUCCUAACGGUGCUCCGUUUCCGGCGUUCGAUAACAACUCCCUAACGCCCACCGCGCAUACCCCCAGACCUCGAGCUCUGUCGCGAUCCCGUCGCCCAAGUAUUCGUCUUUCGCGCCUUUCCUCCGUUUCCUCAUUGGGUAGCAGUGGCGACGACCCGAACCAGAACCCCCAGAACUCGAACCGCCGAACGGCCGCCGAUGAUAGCGCCACGGCGUUUCUGACCAGGAACAGGAGUCCCGGGCCUGGGAGAGAACAUACACAGAUCGAAGAGGAGGAUGAGUCGUGGCAAGGGAGUCGUCGUCGCAGUAGCUCUGAGCCGCGUCCGGGGCGAUGGUCGUCGCCGUCGCCGGUUGCGUUGUCGCGCAUCGCAACGCCCAUGCUGCCGUUGGCUGAGGUGAGGACUAAUCAGAGUCGUGGUCCUCGUUCGCCUUCAGAGAGACAGGAUAACAAUCUUGAGAGCAACCCUGAGAACCCUCAGAAUGAUAAUCAUGAGGAUUCUGAGAAGUUGGCCGUUAGGCCUCCCCCGGUCGUGCGACCAAGGGCCGACAGUCGCUUGCGGCGAACCAGUCAGGCGGCUUUGAACCGGUUCUCUCGGAAUCGCGCUUCAACUGUGAACGGACCCGUCCCUAAAGUAAUUGAUUGGAAUCACUACCGGGAUGAGGAUUAUGAUCGUUCACAUGAAUAUGAUCCGGAUAUUGUAAACGUUUUGGACGUUAUUGAUCCCGAAGUGUCCGCUCUAUCAACCCUGACCAACGUCCAAAACUCCCUCUUCGUCCCCGACCUGUUUGGCUUUGUCAACCGCGAGCCCACCUACACCCUCUCCCCUCCUCACCAUGAGGCCGUCACAGAGGAAGAAGGCACCACAACUGACGAUGCUGGUGACAACCUCCAAGAGCUGCGUCCAGACAUGAAGAACCUACGGCAUCUGUCUAGUAUAUCCUCUGUUUUGGACGCAGGAGAAACGCGCUUUGCCGUCUUGCCCGACGAGACCAAUCUCGACGGCUGGACCAAGGAAGAUAUAGAGGAAUUGAACGAUCAUGUCCGACACAUGCUGCAUUCUCGUCGUAACAAGUUCAAGCGUGCGAUGAAGGGAUUCGGACAAUACGUUUCUAAACCCUUGGGAUUUCUGGUUACACUCUAUGCAACCCUGAUCACUCUCUUCGGUCUAGCCUGGGUUCUCUUCCUUAUCGGCUGGAUCAACGUCGGCGGUAAACAACUCUACGUAAUUAACAUCAUUGACAACAUCCUCGUCGCCCUCUUCGCCAUCAUGGGCGACGGCCUCGUCCCCUUCCGCGCCAUAGACACCUACCACAUGAUCUUCAUCGCGCGCUACACCUUCCUCACCUGGAAAAUCCGCAAACAGCGCGCCCUCCCCUCCCUCAAAAACAAAAACGACCUCCCCGUCCGCCGCGAAAUCGACAUUGACGUCGAAUGGGGCGACACCCCAAAGGACGAAGCCUACGAGUUCUCCGUCCUAGACCGCAUCCAACAAGCUCGCCUCAUCCACCACCAGAAGAAAUUCGCCAAAUCACACACCUUCUACAAGCCACACGAGACAGUCACCCACUACGCCUUUCCCCUCCGUCUGCUCAUCGCCAUCGUCGUCGUGCUCGACUGCCACUCCAUGCUGCAGAUCGCCCUGGGUACUUGCACCUGGAGUAUAGACUACCACGUGCGCCCCUUCGCAUUGACAACAGUUAUCCUCUGCUGCUCCAUCGCAUGCAACAUCUCCGGCGGCGUAAUGAUCAUGAUCGGCGAUAGGAUGACCCGCAAAAAGGACGUCGUGGAACGUAUGUUCCGCCAGAAACUUACCUCCGAGGCCAUGAAGAUCAUGCAGAAGCGCAGGCGCAAGGAAGAGAAGAGGAAUGCAUCGCUCAGUCAUACGUCUUCGGGGCCAUCGAAUUCGGUCCUCGCGCCGCAGGUUUCGCCGUAUGAGGGGACCUAG